AUGGAAGUGGAUGAGGCGCCACUGUAUCCUACUGCACUGAAGUUGGAGAUAUGUGACGAGACUACUGGUGGCAAGUGUAAUGACUUCCAGACAAAUAUAACUGGCAAGGUGGAAGGACAGGAUCAGACGUACUCAGUAGAAGUCAGCGCCGACAAAGCCGCACCAAUCCGGAAGUAUGACGAGCUGAAAAUGUUCCUUACCGAUGGCGACCGUCGCAUGGAGGGCUCCUCGUACGUCUACCCAUUCCCGGUAUAUAUUCUCUACAACCCUUACCUGGAAGACGAUCACACCUACAUGGCCAACAACAGCGAAUUUGUCCUCAAUGAAUGGGGCGGUGUAUCGACGGGGAGUCUGCACGAUCACGAAACCAUGGAUUGGUACUAUGGACAUCUGAACCAACGAGCACUGGAUGCUGCCUUCUACGCGUUAAGAGCUAUGGAUGUGGCAAAGGGUGCCGAUCCUGCAAAUGUGGGAAUGUGGCGAAGGGAUGUAUACUCACUGAAUGCGUGUAUGCUAGGGUUAGAGAUGGGUGUAUCUACAGACGCACGCUUGGAAAAGCAUAGUCCAUGCUAUAGAGCCUUCCAUAUGCCGGGGAUGGUGAACCAGACAUCCGUAGGGCCUCUGAGAGUAUGUCAUCUUAACACUAUGCCCGCUAAUAAUGGAAAUCUUAUUCUGCAACCACAUCCUACAGGCUACCCUCCAGACCACUGGUCGUCAACCAUAGACAUCAUCCAGGCAUGGAACGACGAUGAUAAAACACCAGUGAAAUACGGGUAUGCGUCCUAUUAG